AUGGCCAAAGAUGUGCCCUCAACACUGAGGAGUGAGCAGGAAGGCUGGGAUGCCAGAAGCUUCUCCUCCCUGCUCAGCGACAUCCUGCCUUGGGUGGGCCAGGGAGCCUGGAACCUCGCCUUUCUGGGGGACCGCCCUGCUGCAGAGAGAGGAACACACAUUCCCGACGCAGAGAGGGAUGUGGAGGUGUUCAAGGAACACCAAGUGGUCUGGUCUGAAGGUGAAGCCAGGAAGGGCUUCCAGCCCACGCUGGUGCUGGCGACACUGAGCGCAGCCUUUGGUUCGGCCUUCCAGUACGGCUACAACAUCGCAGUGGUCAACACACCACACAAGGUCUUGAAGUCAUUCUAUAACGAAACCUACUUCGAGCGACAUGGCACAUUCAUGGACGAGAAGAACCUGCUGAUACUGUGGUCCUGCACCGUUUCCAUGUUCCCGCUGGGCGGCUUGCUGGGGUCAUUGGUCGUCGGCCUGAUGGUUGACAGAUGUGGCAGGAAGGGGACCCUGCUGGUCAACAACGUCUUCGCCAUCAUCCCUGCCGUCCUGAUGGGGGUCAGCAAGGUGGCCAAGGCCUUCGAGCUCAUCAUCUUCGCGCGCGUGGUGCUCGGUGUCUGCGCAGGCAUCUCCUACAGCGCCCUCCCCAUGUACCUGGGGGAGCUGGCUCCCAAGAACCUCCGGGGCACCCUGGGAACAAUGACCGAGGUUUUUGUCAUCGUGGGCGUCUUCCUGGCACAGAUCUUCAGCCUGCAGGCCGCCCUGGGAAACGCCACAGGCUGGCCGGUGCUCCUGGCACUCACGGGCGUCCCUGCGCUGCUGCAGCUCCUGUCUCUGCCCUUCUUCCCCGAGAGCCCGCGCUACACCCUCAUUCAGAGGCGAGACGAGGACACGGCUCGGCGAGAUCUGAGGAAACUGAGAGGCCGGGCCAACGUGGAGGACGAGAUAGAAGAAAUGCGCCUGGAGAGCCAGGCCGAGGAGGCCGAGGGCCGCCUGUCCGUGCUCAACCUCCUCACCUUCCGGCCCCUCCGCUGGCAGCUCGUCUCCAUCAUCGUCCUCAUGGCCGGCCAGCAGCUCUCCGGGAUCAACGCGAUCAACUACUACGCAGACCUCAUCUACACGGCGGCCGGUGUGGAGGCCGCUCACUCCCAGUACGUGACGGUGGGGGCCGGCGUGGUCAACAUCGUGAUGACCGUCAUCUCGGCUUUCACCGUGGAGCUGCUGGGCAGGCAGCUCCUCCUGCUGGUCGGUUAUGGCAUCUGCGGCUUAGCCUGCGUCACGCUGACCCUGGUGCUGCUCUUUCAGAACCAGGUCCCUAAGCUGUCUUACCUGGGCAUCAUCUGUGUCUUCUCCUACAUCGCGGGACAUUCCAUCGGGCCCAGCCCCGUGCCCUCCGUGGUGAGGACAGAGAUCUUCCUGCAGUCCUCCAGGCCCGCCGCCUUCAUGGUGGACGGGGCUGUGCACUGGCUCACCAACUUCGUCGUGGGCUUCGUGUUCCCUUCCAUCCAGGAAGCGAUUGGGGCCUACAGUUUCAUCAUCUUUGCUGGAAUCUGCCUCCUCACUGCUGUUUACAUCUACGUGGUUAUUCCUGAGACCAAGGGCCAGACAUUUGUGGAGAUAAACCGAAUUUUUGCCAAGAGAAACGGGGUGGAGAUACCUGCGGAGAGAGGAGAGAUCACAGAUGUCGCGCCUCCCACACCGGCUGUGCCCAGCAAGGACACUUCCUUUUAG